AUUUAAUUAUCCUUGUCCUUUUUCUGAAGUAGAAGAUAUAUCAUAUACGAUGCAUGUGUUUUCGUUCUUGUGAACCGACCAUAUUUUCCCCCUAGUCUUACUGUAAGUCCCACCUCUCUCUUUCAUUUAUCUCUGCCUCUCUUGUUGUUACUAAACCAGGCCUGCUCUUCAUUUCCUCCUUACUUUGUAUUUUAUUCCGAACUUCCUUUUGCUGCGAUGUCGUUUAGAGGACUCAGUCGGGCUGAUUUCUGUCCUAACCAGGAACAAGAAUAUGUUUAGCUCAAGGGUUUUUAUUUUGCUUCCUGUUCAAAAGAAAACAUUCGGUGCUAGAUAUGAUUUGAUGUGCAAGUAAAAACAGCCAAGCAAAAGGCCUUUUUUUCCUUCUCUCCUUCUGAUGAAUCAGCUUGACAGCUUCAAUAAUUGAUGUACUGCUUUGGAUCCUGAGGCUAUCCUUGAUAUUCUUUGGGGCCAAACAGAGCUUAUUAUUUCUUUUUAACUUGAGUUUCUUCAAUUGCAUGUCCUAUGUGCAGUUUGGUUUCCACAGAAUUCUGGAUUACUUCACUUGGUUCAAUCUGGGCUUCAGAAUUUGGCACUGUUUGUUGGAGAUGACUACUUAUUCAACAAGUUUAAUUUCCAAAAUUAAUGAACUUACAAACCCACUUAUGAUCAUCUCUUGAAAAUAUGAAAAUUUCGAUAGCUUUGAUUAGUUUUUAAUAUAAUAAAAUGUAUGACAAUCUGCUUCUGUUUCCAGCCAAACGCUACAUCAGGCAUGGGCGUUGCUGAUCACAGCAAGGAUACUUUUUUGGAACUGAAAAGGAAGAAAGUUUACCGCUAUGUGAUUUUUAAAAUCGAUGAGAAGAAAAGGGAGGUUGUGGUUGAGAAAACCGGUGGACCUGUUGAGAGCUACGAUGACUUCACUGCAUCUCUGCCUGAGAAUGAUUGCCGAUAUGCUGUCUAUGACUUUGAUUUUGUUACUUCUGAGAAUUGUCAAAAGAGCAAGAUUUUUUUCAUUGCAUGGUCCCCUUCAUCCUCUCGAAUCCGUGCAAAGAUGCUUUAUGCCACUUCAAAAGACAGGUUUAGAAGGGAACUGGAUGGGAUCCACUAUGAGAUUCAGGCUACUGACGCUACAGAGAUGGAUCUUGAAGUUUUAAGGGAUCGUGCUCACUGAACACUCUGCAGUUUAGCUGUUUCAUUUGAGGAAUUUCCUUCUUCGCUUUGCCGAGUCUGAAAUUAGUCCUCCUUGCUUCAUAAAGCUAUGUGCAGAACCUUUUUGUGUAUGUCUAAUCCUUGAAUAACCAGAAUCUGGUGAAGCUGAUAUGAAGCUCUGGGCUAAUACUAUCUGGUUGCUGUUAAUUCUGGUUCUUUACUGUUUUAUUGCUCUCAACGAAGAAAGUAAGUCAUGGAUAUUUGGAAACUCUGAAACUAUUUGCAGAUAUAUCGGUAUGUCUAAUUGUUGUACUUUUUGCUUCCC